CAAGACCGCCUUUCCUCUCUGAUGACCAAUCAACGUCGAAAGUGAUAUUUUACAGUCGAUAGACUAUGGUGACAUCGUCGAUUUGUAUGCUGCCACACCUCUUUUGAGAAAGAUGCUGCUUGAGUAACAGUUUAUAUAAAUUCAGUUAAAAGAAAACUAUUCUUUUGGACGCGUUAUAUCUAUUUAAGGUUUAGCAUAAAUAAAUGCAAAGUAAUUAUGAUGCGACUUAAAACUUGCCAAAAACUUUUUGCUAUAAACAGCUAUAAACACUAACUUGACAGUUUAUUGUCUAGUAUAGCGAGAAGACUUGUAGGGUGUAAAUUUAUAACUAGUUGCAGUUUUGUUCAUAGCGAUUUAUAUUUGGUAAGUUUUGUUAGAAUAAAGGCUAUUGUUGAACUUGAAGGUGUAUAACGAACGAUCCAUUCGUUAACGAUUUCCAGAUCCAUUCGUGAUAUUGUAGUAUCAAGUGUUGCAGUAUAUGCAGCAAGGGUAAUCUUCAAGGAAUGUAUUGAGAAAAAAUUUGUCGGAAAAAUCAUAGUUUUAUCGGAAAAUUUUCAGCUUUGCCCCCCCAAAAAGUUAACUCCCACUGCGCCCCUGACAGAGUAUAUAAAAAGCUAAUCUGUGGUUUAGACACAGUGGUUUAGUUUUCAUCGAAGCAGAAUCAGACGAGUCGAAAGAAUCAGGCCAACGGACCGAGAAUAUAAUGGCUGAGCAGUGGUUGAAGAGAUUAUCUCUCAAAAUUGCCAAUAAUUUUCUCAAUGAAGAACUGAGUGAUUUCGCUUUAAUUGUAAACGAAGGAAAGUUCCCUGUCCACAAGUUCGUGUUGGCAUCAGAAAGUCCCGUAUUCAAGGCAAUGUUAUAUGGUCCAUUGGCUAAAAAGGAACAGCAGGAAGUUGAGAUCGUGGAUUGUGACAGUACAGAGGCAUUGGAAGAAUUUCUCAGGCUAAUUUACAAAGGUGAAGCAAGCCUGACAUGGGACAAUGCACGUUGUGUUUCUUACCUGGUAGACAAAUAUAUGAUAGAAUCAACGGGGAAUGUCUUCCGAACACUGGUUGCGUCGAACAUAGGCACAUACAACAGCCUUGAUUUUCUAGAAAAAUCGCUACUCGAUAUUGGACACGACGAUAUGGUCGACGAGUGUUUAAAAAUUGUCAGAAAAGACAUAAGUGUGCUUGUACGAACUGAGAGAUUUUUGGAUUUACACCUUAAGUCACUCAAAGUGAUUUUAGCCAGCAAGAGGCUCGAUAUCAGUGAGAUUGAUCUUUUCCACGCAGUUAAUAAGUGGUGUUUGCACCAGAUCAGUAAAGCAAGUUUGGAAGGGGAAACCAAGUCAAAAAAGGAAGUUCUUGGGGAUGCAUUAUACCUCAUUCGUUUUCCUACUAUCAGCAUGGACGAUUUAACCAGGUUUUGCGUUACGUCGAAGCUAAUAACAACAGAUCACUUCUAUGAAUUGGCUCGCUUGAAAACUAUGUCUUCUCAAAUGCAACAGGCUGAACUUGACGAAAUUCCUUUCCCGAAACAUAGUCGAACAAGAGGCGUUCUCGCUAUCAAGACAAAGUAUACUCUUUCGAAAAUUGAAGAUUAUCCUUUCUAUUUUAUAUUUAAAGUUAACAAAAGAGUAUACUUGAAAGGAUUCAUACCAAAUGAAGGAUGGAAGCCAUCAGGCUCGAAACAGGUUGAAAUUGGUGAAGUUGAUGUCCCAUUGACUGUUUCAGAAACUGAUCCUUUAGUUGUGUUUUUCAAGGAACCCGUUCUUGUUGAUCCAAGUUCAAGUUUAAAGCUUUCAUUGCAUUAUAAUAACCCAAAAUCUACAGUACCAAUCCAGAGUUCAAACUUUCCCAGGAAUUCCCCCUCCCUUUUCGGGUGCCCUGUAUACGGAAGAUAUACGACCUUCACCUGGCACGACUUUGAAUUCGAGAUCUGGAAAACCAGGGAUUCUCAAUCAUCUCCAGUAAAUACGUUCCUGUUUUCAAUUUUCGAUGGAAAGCCUAUGAUUAAAUAUUCGCCCGAACUGUGCAGCGAGGUUUUCCCGGUCAAGGAAGCAACAUGCCAAUUUUGACUUACAUGGGGCUCUUCGACUUUUGAGUUGUUCAUAAACCAUUGCAAGACAGUUUUCGCAACACAGCUCUGCUAUAAAAUUUUGCAUAUAUAUUUACUCGAUGUUGAAUAUUCAAGCACAAUUUCGAACUUUCGCUUUAACUGCCUUAAUAAAUCAUAGUCUAUUCUCAGCUAUAUAUGCUGUCCAGUGACCACAAAGAAUAUUACAAUCCUAAAUAACGAAUAUUACAAUCCUAAGUAAAGAAUAUUACAAUCCAGCACAACCAAGAAGGGUACCUUCAACAUUAUAUACACUUUAAGCAGUAUAUUGUUAUCAAGUAACUUUAUUUGAUAAUUUGUAAUAUUCUUUGUAGUCACUGGACAGCAUAUAUCAGUACCUUCAUAUUCAUACCAUCAUUUUGAUAUUGAUAAUCUAGUCAAAGCUUCUUAACUAAUUCAAAAUAAUAAAGAAUUGAUAUUUACCGAAUAG